CAGUGAGUUGACGGUGGGACAGAAAGUAGGUGAGAAGUGUCCGUGAAACUGUCUCAGGUGCUGCUGUCUCAGGCGCUGCUGUCAAAGGCGAUCCUGUCUCAGGUGAUCCUGUCUCAGGUGAUCCGGUCUCAGGUGAUCCGGUCCCAGGUGAUUCUCAGACGGAAGUACAGCCCUGCACUUUAACGCGCUCGCGGCGGGACGCAGUUUGGGACCAUGGUGUUCAAACGGUGUCAUUCGCGGCUGAAACCUUCAGCUUUUAACCGCCCACGGAGGCGCUGGGAGUCCUCUUCCACCCAGGACCGAGGGGGCAGCUUCAUUUCCCCGACCACGUCGACCCUGACAGCCGUCAACACGCCGCCGUGGGGAGGGGGACGAGCUCCUGGACAGAAGACAGUGCGUGUCCCCGCUGUGUCACGGAUGUCUGUCAGAGAGCUCAGCACCUCCAUCAGAGCUUUCCAGUACGACGUGAAACCAGAGGUCCCGAAGUCUGAGGGCCGGAAGCUGUUCUUCGACACACAUGCUGUUGUACGGCUCCUUGAAGAAAAUGGUUUCACAACUCAGCAGGCCGAGGUGAUGGUCGGCGUGCUGGUGAGGACGACUAACUCUAACAUGGAUGUCAUCUAUAAUGACAUGGUAACCAAGGUGCAGCAGGAGAUAAUGCUGCAGCAUGUGAUGUCUAAAAUAGCAUCUGUGAAGAAGGACAUGAUAAUCCUGGAGAAGAGCGAGUUCUCCACGUUACUGGCAGAGAAUGAGAAACUUAAGGUCCAGUUACUGCUGCUCCGGGUCCAACUGGCUGAUGUAAUGAAUAAAGUUCGCUCAGACAAUAUUUUGGACAUGAAUUUGGAGAAAAGCCGUGUAAAGGAAUUGAAAGCAGAGCAUGAGAAGAAGCUUCUGGAAACGCGAACUGAAAUUAUGGAAAUGACUGCAGAGCAAGAUCGUCAUUUGACUCAGACCAACAUGAAAAUAGACACUGAGGUGGCUGGUUUGAAAACCAUGUUAGAGUCGCAUAAACUGGAUACUAUCAAAUACCUGGCAGGUUCAGUGUUCACCUGUCUCACUGUGGUCCUGGGUUUCUAUCGCAUCUGGAUGUAAACAGUUAUCAGUGCACAGCAACAUGUGCCAGAUGUUUUGGUGAGAAAGCCCAGGAUCCACAUCAAAUGAUGCUCUGACCUGUCACGAUGUCCUGCAGUGGACAUCAGGCUGUGCCGUCAGAGCAGACCUGACCUUACUCACCUGUAAGCUGCCUGUUUGAACUGAAUCAAUCAGCAUUCAGAGACCAAUUCUCUUGCACAUCUGACCUCGUUUUUUUUGCAUUUUAUUGAUGAAUAUAAAUUUGUGUUCACUGUUGCCAUCUAAUGCUUUUACCAUCAUAUUCUGAAAGAAAGAUAAACUGAGAAGUAGAAGAUUUUUCCAUCACUUUCUGAUCAAAUGAAAAUUAGAUUCUCAUAAAAGCUUUGGACUGUGGGCGCAGUGAACAAGAAGUCUAGUAGUCUACCUGUAAAAAUUCAGGUAAGACUUUUUAUAAUGGUGUGUAGAUAUUUUAUUUAUGUAUAAAUAUAUUAAGCUGAAGAUAAGCUACCGGACACUUAACCACUAUAUUAUCACAGAUAUUUUACUUUCUGGUUUUUGUUUUCUCAAUUAAUAUUUUAACAGGAUGUUUGGACUGAUGUUAUCUGAAAUGCAUAAUAAAUGUAUACUCUGUGA